AGCGGCGUGGCGGGGACCAGCCGCGCAGUGCCAGGGCUGAUGCCAGGCGCGCAAGCAGCGCGCUGACCGCCCGCGCCCGCCGCUGCUGCCCGGCUGGAGGUGACCUGCAUCUCCCCUGAAGGCAGGAUGACAGAGCACGAGGACUUUGCCAGCCUGGCUGGGUACUGGAACGCCUCGGACAGCUCUCAGUUCAGCCCCGCCAGUGUCAUCAUCCCUGUGGUCUUCUCCCUCAUCUUCCUCCUGGGCACAGUGGGCAACAGCUUGGUGCUGGCGGUGCUGCUGCGCAACGGCCAGAUGGGCCACAACACUACCAACGUCUUCAUCCUCAACCUCAGCCUGGCCGACUUCUUCUUCAUCAUCUUCUGUGUCCCCUUCCAGGCCACCAUCUACUCGCUGGAGGGCUGGGUCUUCGGCUCCUUCAUGUGCAAGGCCGUCCACUUCUUCAUCUACCUCACUAUGUAUGCCAGCAGUUUCACGCUGGCUGCCGUCUCAGUGGACAGCUGCAAGCUGUUCCCCCAGGAGACCCGCUACUUUACUAUAGAAAGGGAGGCCCUGGAUGUCAAGUGGGUGAUUGACAUCCUGCGAUAUUACCUGCUGGAGAGUCUCUUUCAACUGGUCACUGACCAUGCAACUCCUCCGAUGGAUUAA